AUGAAGUCCGCCAUUAUCUUGCUAAUAGUGAUUAUACAGUUAACACACUCUGCUUCCGAACCUGAUGCUAAGUCACUUUUGUCAGUGAUUGCAGAUCUCACACUCUCUGAAGACGGAAAACUUAACUUUACACAACUAGUGACUAAAUAUGGACACAUUGCCGAACAAUACGAAGUUACGACUGAAGAUGGAUACCUCCUCAAGUUAUUUCACAUCCCUGGAAAAAGAUCUUCAGUACUUUUAACCCAUGGACUCGCAGCUGAUGCAGAUCCUUACGUCAUCAGAGGUCAUGGCUCAUUAGGCAUUGCUCUUGCGGAUAAAGAAUACGACGUAUGGCUCCUCAACAAUAGAGGUACGAAGUUCAGCAGACGUCACACUGAACUGAAUCCUGACAAGGACAAGAAAUUCUGGGAUUUCAGUUUCCACGAGAUGGGCUACUACGACCUCGCCGCUACCAUAGAUUUUGUUCUCGAUCAAACCGGCGAGGAGAAAAUUUUGGCUAUCGGGCAUUCUCAAGGAGCGUCACAAUUUUUCGCACUAACGUCAUUGAGACCAGAAUACAAUGAGAAGGUAAAAUUGUUUCUUGCAUUAGCACCUGGUGCAUACUUCUUUAAUAUGCCGACUCUGUUCCAAAUAAUCGCUACUGCUGGUCCUAUACUCUUAGAGCUUGGAAAAACGCUUGGAAUUGAGGAACUUUGUAAGGAUCGCGGUGCACUUCUCACCCUGAUUAAAACAAUUUGUACUAAAGGUAUUAUCAGCUACGAAGUGUGCGUCAAAGGUGCAAUUUUUCCUUUCAUGGGGCAUAACCCAGCAGGCUUCGAGUUAAGCUUCUUAAGAACCUUAUUUGGUCACACUCCCAGCGGGUUCUCAAGAAAAUGCUUAGAGCAUUACGAUCAGCUUUAUUUUAGUGAGAAAUUUUCCCAGUUUGACUAUGGUGUUAAAGGAAAUUUGGUUAAAUAUGGGCGUUCGUAUCCACCAGAUUAUGCUUUAAGCAAAAUAACAACAGAUGUUGCCGUGAUGGCUGGAAAGCUUGAUACACUUUCAUUGGUACAUAAUGCAAAAGUAUUAAAAAAGAAAUUGCCGAAUGUAGUACAUUUUGAGGUAAUUGAAGCCACGACACACACUGAUUUCAUUCUAAGUGGGGAAGCAUCUAAAUAUCUAUUUCCAUCUAUCUUUAGGCUUCUACAGAAAUAUGAUUAG